AUGGCGCCCUCGACAUCUGCACCGACCACAGCCGCCAGUACUCCAAGCCCAUCCAAGUCAAGCAAUUCCCACGACGACCACCUGCACUUGAACUACCGCCGGUCGCAUGCACCCUUCAACCACACCAGCCGCAAGCAGCUCUCGCCCAAGCGAUCGGUGCCGUCGUCGAUGCUGUCCGACAAGGAACGCAACAAGAUUGUCCGGCUCGAUGUGUACGAAAAGUUCCUCAACAACCCGGCCAUCCUGCUCUACAACCUCGACUACCGUAAGCGCGCGCUCGAGGCCGUCCAGCGGGAACAGGACCAGCUCAAGGAUGCCGACAUGAUCUUGAAGGAGACCGAAAAGACUCGUGGCGGCGGUCGUCGACAGCGAGGACGCCCGGGCAACGCACGAGCCCGGGCUCCCUUCGAAAUCACCGAGCUGACCGAGGGAUUCGCCGAGCUGUCUUCCGACGAAGUAGCCUUCUGCACCAGCAUCUCGCUCAACCCCCGAACGUACAUCAAGGGCAAGAAGGCCCUCAUUCUGGAAUACGAAACCCGCGGCCCAUUCAAGAAGAAGGACGCUCAUCGGGUGUGUCGCAUCGAUGCCAACAAGAGUGGCAAGCUCUACGACUGGAUUAUCAAGCAGGGUUGGAUGUGACCAGAGCACAGCGGCGUUGGCUCUUGCGAAUGUGGUGCGAGCCUGUAUUGGCAGCCGUGCGGACACAGAGUGGUCAAAGACCGACUCGGGCAGGACAGUCAUUACGCCGUGGAUAGAGGGAUUUGGAACCCGCCGCUGUUGCUGGAAGGAGCGAGAAACAGAUAGACACAUGAACAGUCCUCAAGACAGCCGUCGGGGAAGUGUGGAAUAAAGAGCGGAAUAAUAAACGAGCUAGCUGCAACCGAGCCAAGCGGCAGACAGGGUGGAUCGGAGAAAAGAAAGGAAGCCGGGGAAAAAGGAAACGAGAAGACAAACUGGAGGUAGCAACGGGCAAAGCGGACGAGAAACGGCCUGUGACGGCCUGUGAUGGUCUGUGAUGGUCUGUGAUGGCCUGUUUCGA